UGAGCGCCCCCUUCGCCAGCAAUGCCGGGCCCGAGGCGCGCGAGGAGGAGCUUCGUGGAAGCCGGCGGGCGGGGAACCGGGUCUGGUAGCCGCGCUUCCUUUGCAAAGCCUCAAGGCGCCGGGAGACAGGUGAGGAGAAGAUUUGCGCACUGAGGAGCUCCGGCGGGGUAGUUUCGGAAGAAGGGUUGCAGCUGCCUUAGGGACGCCGCUGGGUUGCUUUCGCGGCGCUUCCAGAGCGUGGAGCCGGGUCGGCGAAGUGCCUGCCAAACCGAGAGAGGUUCGGCAGGGCUGCUUCCCGGCUUUGGGUGACUCACUCGCGCCUCUCCCCUUCCUGCACAAGUCGCGAGUGAACGGCGAGGGCACCCAGGGAGAGCUUUGUGCUCUCAAUCGCGUCUAUUUGCUGGUGACAGGAUCACAAGAGCUAUCCAGUAAUACAAACCUAAGGCAUUCUGAAAGAUUCCAGCCUCUGAAAGAUCAGCUAAAGCUGUGAACUCCACCACCGGUGUAGGUAUCUUCAUAUACUACAUGCGCAACCAAUCAUUGGGAUUGUAGCCUCUGGUUCAACCCAGUAGUCCCCUUCUCCUCCCCAAAAAAGAAAGGAAACAAAGGGUGUUUUUCCUCCAAGACUGAGUUCAUAAGUCACUCAAGCAAAAGAUGAUCUCUGUGUUGUGGCUUGCUUGCUGGAUCUCUGUGGCUUAUUCAUUGCAUAAUAGGUCACAUAUUGUCAUCCUUGUGCCUGUAGGAGAGGCCGUGGCUAUCAGCUGUCUGCUGUUACCUUCGCAGAAUUCCAGCAGUAAUGUGACUUGGUACAGAAAUGGUAGCAUUAUACCGCUAAUGGGAGACGACUACUUGAGGAUCCAUCAGCGAAGAAACCUGCUUUGGCUUAUCCCUGCCAAGACAGAAGAUUCGGGAUUUUAUGAGUGUCGCAGAGGAAACUCAGAAAUCGAUCGCAAGGAACUUCAAGUUGUUGAGAAUGAUGAUGGUUUAUGUUUCAACAAAAAUGCAGCCUAUCCACAAAAGCUACCCUUAGAAAACAAUGGAUAUUUGGUUUGUCCUGAUGUGGAGUAUUUUGAAAGUGAAAAUAGUCCACUUGUUUUACAGUGGUCCAAGGCUUGCAGUCCAGGAUUAUUUGAAGAUAAGAGAUUUCAAACUUUGGCACAUAGCCUUUCAGUUAAUAAUGUAAAUGAGAGAGAUAAAGGUAUCUAUGUGUGCCAAACAACAUAUACGUACAUGGGAAAAACCUAUAAUGUUUCACGAGCCAUUGAUCUGAUUACUUAUGCCUCUCCACAGAAGUUACUUAUCCCCAAAGUUAUUUAUCCCCAAAACAAUUCAAUUGAAGUAGAACUUGGAUCCAGUGUUCUCAUAGAGUGUAAUGCCUCCGGAGACACGCAAGAUAUAUUUACAGCCUGGGAGGUCAAUGGAACAGUGCUUGAAGAUUUUGACAACACGUUGACAGAGGAAACAUAUAUUAGACAUUCAUCACUUUCUGGAAAAUGGAUAGUAGGAACAAAAUUUAAUAUCACUGCAAUGAAAAAUAAACAUUACUUGACAUUUCUGUGUAUUGUAUGGACUCCUAAAUUGGAACAAACAAGUGUGUAUAUCAUGCUACAACGUCCAACUAAAAAUAUUCAGGGUUAUUUGAUUGGAGGACUGGUUUCACCAAUACUUCUUAUUCUGGCUGCAGUUUUUACUUACAACAUUUUUAAAGUUGACAUUGUGCUGUGGUAUCGACAGUCCUGUAAGCCUCUUCUCAGGAAAGAAGUUUCAGAUGGAAAGCUUUAUGAUGCUUAUGUGGUAUACCCCUCAAACGUAACAAACAGCAUAUAUUCAUCUGAUAUCUUUGUGCUGAAAAUGCUACCUGAAGUUUUGGAAAAACAGUGUGGAUAUAAUCUCUUCAUAUGUGGCAGGGAUGAUUUACCAGGGCAAGCUAUCAUCACUGUUAUUGAUGAAGUUCUCAGACUAAGCAGAAGAGUGAUCAUUGUGUUAGCACCAGGUUCAUAUUCCUCCAGCUUGCAGAGAGAUACCACUGAACAACAAAUAGCUAUGUACAGUGCUCUUAUUCGGGAUGAAAUUAAAGUUAUACUGAUUUUACUGGGCAAAAUAAAAGACUAUGCCAGCAUGCCAGAAUCUAUAAAGUAUCUGAAACAAAAACAUGGAGUACUCAUAUGGAAAGGAGAUUUCUCAGAGCAGUCUCAGUUAGCAACUACAAAGUUUUGGAAAAAUGUGAGGUAUCGGAUGCCAGUUAGACAAAAUCCACCUUCUUUGGACCAUCACUUGGUGCCAGUGACUCUUACAGCUUCUCGAAUAGCGGAAGGAUGACAAAUCUGUGGCUGAACUGCAGUGUUUAUUUGUUCCUUUUCGAACUAAUGGUGCCAAAGUGCUUAUGGGUGCACAAGGUUAAAAUCAUCCCCAGAAACACUUCAAGAGUUUCUUCAGAAAUGCUCUGUGUUCAGCCAUUCACCUGAGGUUUUGGACCUACUGUGGGAACUAUCAUGUGGAUGCUUGAGAGGAAAAAGAAGACAGCUGCUACUUUAUAUCAAAGUAUUACUCUAUAGAUAAAAGAAAGGAAUAUGACAGAAACUUUUCAGCUUAUGCACAUUUUUAAAUGUUCUAGCCAAAAAGCCAAGGGUUUCAAUAAGCAGCUGCAAUAAGCAGCUGCUGGGUGACCUUGGGCUAGU